AUGGAGGCCCCAAUCGUCAGGCUUCCGGAUAAAAUUCGCAAAAACAUCAUGCAGUAUCUACCACAAAACUCUAUUCUUGCAAUUCGCAAGACUUGCAGGAAGUUGUACUGGGGAAAAGACCUUAACAAGGCGCCAGAGGGUGCACACAAGAGACCGUGCCCCGAUAAUACUCCUGAACCCUCGCAUAAAAAGCCCAAGCGACGUCCUGGUCGGCGGGUGAAGAACCCCGGCGACGGCAAGGACAAAUACAGGGCUAAUGCUAAUGAGGCCACAAAAGCGAAAAAUAGAAAGGAGGAUGAAGAGAUUGAGGCGCUCGAAAAGCUCAUCCCACGUCGUCGUAUGGAGUGUGAAGCGAGAAAAUUGGUGCACUUGCAACUGAGACAAGAAGCGACCAAUCUGACCAAUUUAUUAGAGAAUGUGAGGAUGAUGAAUCCCACGCUAGGCAGCCCACCGCCUGCACGGGAAAGGCUACGUCAGCUUCAAGAUGGAGGGCCUAUUUGGCAAUGGGGUUGGCACGCCGAUGUUGCUAAGUGGGAGUGGUUUCGAAUUCAAUACCCGCUAGCCACCCCCUUCGAGCAAUGGGAGUCAGACAAGGGUUUCCAGCAACAAUGGCCGCAACUGUUCGGGCUUCCGGCACCGAAUCCUACUCAGCAAGACCUGAAUAGGAAGUACCUCCUCCCUUUGAGGGAUCUUUGGCACUGGGGUUUUAACGAAAAUGUGUGUAGAUGGGAGUGGUAUCGGACGCAUUAUGACCAUUUCGGUCCCUCCUUUGUGCAAUGGGAGUCAGACACGACCUUCACAACACGAUGUGACUGGUUCUUUAAGGUCGCGCCCCAUGUGGCCACCCUGGCUGACAAGCAGAGAGGCAAACAUCUGUUUACGUUUGAACGGGAAUAUUGGACUUGGGGCUGGAAUCCCAACGCUGGCCACUCUGGUCGCUUUGAGUGGUAUUUCCAGCACGUCAAGCAGGGCUACGCCCCGGUGAAGCAGUGGGAGUCAGACCAAGACUUUUUCGAACGUCAUUUAUGGGUUCAUAGGCUUCCGGGUCAAUAAGCAUCGCCCCUCUUCCGCUCAGAGAACCGCGACAUAUCUCGGAAGACUACACGUAAUAGCCCCAGGAUGAUUACGACCACUAUAGGACAAGCUACGCCUCUCGUCGCGAAAACUACAGCCAACUUAACAAGAGAACAAAAGGAGCAUUCCUCAGCUACGAAAAGCAGAACAAGCGCAGAAGGGACUUGAAAAUUUGAAAGCUCAUCCCUUUCUAGAAGACAAACACAAAAAAAAAAUUAAAACAUCCAACUAAAAGAACUAAGAAAAAGCUGCUUUUAUGUUUUUAUCGAACGGAACAGGAGAGGAGAGACACUGCAAGUGCCUGAGGGAUUGUAACGAGACCCCGGUUGCUAGAUCAAGACAGUGCGGGAUGUGUAGUUUUUUCUUUCUCUUCUUAGGGCCUCGGUGGCCUCUACGUGGUCUAUACUACUACACAGAGGCUCACGAAGGCGAGGCAGUCUUUCUAUAGUAUCC